UUUUUUCUCGCUCAUUCUUUUUGCUGUUCGAGUGAGCGCGUGGCAAGUCGUUUCGCUGUGUUCCCGGUCCGGUGCUGUUGUAGUUGCAUUUUCGCCAGCGAUUUAGACGCCAUCUUCCGACUCCCAAAGACCCACCAAUCACCAUGAAGAUCUACAAGGACAUCAUCACCGGCGACGAGAUGUUCGCCGACACCUACAAGAUGAAGUUGGUGGACGACGUGAUCUAUGAGGUGUAUGGCAAGCUGAUCACCCGUAGUGGCGAUGAUAUCAAGCUGGCAGGCGCCAACGCCUCUGCGGAGGAGCCUGACGAGGGUACCGAAAUCUCCUCGGAGACCGGAGUGGAUGUGGUGAUGAACCACCGCCUGUCGGAGUGCUUCGCCUUUGGCGACAAGAAAUCUUACACCGUGUACCUAAAGGAGUACAUGAAGAAGGUGCUGGGCAAGCUGGAGGAGAACUCGCCCGACCAGGUCGACGUCUUCAAGACUAACAUGAACAAGGCCAUGAAGGACAUCCUCGGCCGCUUCAAGGAGCUGCAGUUCUUCACCGGUGAAUCGAUGGACUGCGAUGGCAUGGUGGCCCUUGUGGAAUACCGCGAAAUCGAUGGCAAGAGCGUGCCCGUGCUCAUGUUCUUCAAGCACGGCCUUGAGGAGGAGAAAUGCUAGAAUGGAUCGUAAUCCCAUCCCCCCGGAACACACUAUACUCAUGCAUACCUUCUACAUAUAUUUAUCAGAAGCUUAGUUACAAUUUUGAAAGUCUUAAAUUUAUGUUAAACGCUGACGAAAAGCCUGUCCCUCGACCUGUGCGAUUUUAUUUUUGAUUUCUUUCGGCCGUCGCUCUCAUAAAUUCGAUUCAAUGUAUGUUUAUUGUUUAACCCCACACCGAGCUAAACAACUGAAUUGCGCCAACAACUAUUGUAAUUAAAAUAAUAUUUUGAUAGCAACAACUUAAAUUUUUGUAUGCAUUUUCGCUUAAAACCCAUUUAUAGAAAAAAAAAAUUCCUUCAAUUGGGAACACCAGUACUGAAUUAAACGGAAACCAUAUACAACUGUAAA